AUGGCGAGAGUCCCACUGGAUCCAUUCGCCGGAAGUUCGGAACUUGUCGAGUCAGGCUUGUUGUCGUUAUCUCAGACCUGGCAGCGUGGGUUCAGCACAUACCCUCUUAAGGUCAUCAUCCACGUCCUGCACGUCCUGCAGGUCGCCAGCGCAGUAGUUGUCCUGGGAAUUACGGGCUGGGCGGUUCGAGGCACAAAGACGCUUACCGUCAUCUAUUCUCUGAUCAUUGCGGCCCUGACACCGGUUCUGUAUAUUAUUGCAACCGGUGCCAGCUAUCCAGGAAGACGACGGAAGUGGUUUGCUGUUCCGUGGCUGGUUUGCGAUGGAGUCAUCUCCUACUUGUGGCUUGUCUCGUUCGUCCUCCUGGCGCUCAAUUUCAACCAUCAGAGCUGCCGCGUGAGUCCCUGGAACGGCGAGACUGUAUGUAGUAGAAAGUACGCAGCAGAGGCAUUUAGCUUCAUUGCCUUCUUCAUGACCCUGCUCUGCCUGAUCCUGGAGACGGUGUAUAUUUACUAUUGGAGGGCUGGUGACGAGCUUACAACGGAGGAGUGGAGGAAUAGAGAGGCCCAUUUGUCGGAAAGACUUCGCUCGCAGGGGUUAGUUCCUUGA